AUGGAGGGGCCCAAGUCCGACGCACCAGCGCCAGCGAGCGCGCCUCCCUCGGAGAGCAAGCUGCAACCCUCGCCGCCGCAACCCGAACGAAAGCCCGAUACCAAUGGUCUCGCUGCCACCGAGGUCCUCAAGAAGCCUGUUGAGCCCUUCUCCUCCGAACCUUCCGCCACACUCAGCGCCGCCGCGCCUGUCGAGCCUGUCGAGCCUGCAUCCUCGACAUCUGCGCCUAUCGUCAACGGAAGCGGUUCUUCCUCCGAACACAACGGCACUAACGGCAUUUCGCACGCCAGUGAGCAGUCGCCUGAGAAAUCCGUUUCGAAAGAGCCUUCUCCCGCUGCAGUGCCCGUUCAACAGUCUGAAGACAAGCCCUCUGCGUCAUCCCCGAUGGAAACCACGCAGUCAGGCCUUGGCCAGGAGCACAGCGAGACGCCUGCCGCAACAACGGCGUCUAAACCUGCCGCUGAGGAGACUGCCUCGAAACCUGCGGAAGCCGUGAAAGACACUUCUGAAGCAAAGGAGGACUUCAAGGAGGGGCCGAAGAUUGCGUCCAACUCCGGGCCCAACGACAUGGCAAUGGAGGAGUCUUCCCCGGUCAAAAAGCUCUCGGUCGAACCAACUCCGGCUGAAACAACAUCGACUCCCAUUGUCUCGAAGGAGACGUCUGUCGUCGAGCCCACACAAGAAGUGGAUGAUGUCAAGAUGGAAGACGCACCGCACAGCUCUGCAAGUCAUCCCGAGCAGCCUCCAUCUCUUCAGAGGCAGGAUGACGUUGCCCUACCCGCGUCCGAGGUCGAUCUUCAACCCGCUAGCAUGUCGCAGCUUAACAUCGAGACCCAGCCUGAUACAUCCCCUAUCGUUGAGUCGGUCGAAAUUUCCAUGAGCGACGCGCCUGCCAAGGUCGCUCGCGAGCGUGAAGACGACAGCGCAAACGAAGAGCCCGCCGCCAAGCGUGCCAGAACUGAGCCUGAGGAAGAUAAGCUUAUGGCCGAACUGCCCAGCCGGGAUGCCCCCGUGGCUGAUCCUGCUGCGGCCAUCGAUGACACUACUGCUGCCGAGCACGUCCCUAGUCUUGAUACACUACCGAAUUGGAACGAUCCAGAAGCCAACGGCAGGUCCCUGAGCCCUUAUCAACGCCGUGAGGUUCGCAAGACAAUUGGUAGACUCAAGAAAACUAAAGGGGGUGCUCAUUUCCGUGAUGCUGUCGUCAAGCUUUGGCCGACGCUGCGCGAAGCAUACCUGGCCAAAAUUGACAAGCCCAUGGAUCUCUCCGAAGUCGACCGCACCGUACGCGACGGAGAGGGCUCGUAUGCCACGUUUGGGGAGUUCAAAAAUAGCGCAUCCCUCAUCUACCUCAAUGCACUGAACUUUAAUGGUCCGACGCACGACGUCACGUUUGCUGCCUUUAACGUCGUCAAGGCUCUAUGGGAAGAGUUGCUUGCCGCGCCCGUUGAAGAACCUCCUAAACCCAAGGCUAUCCCCAAGGCGAAGCCUGUUCGAGAAUCUCGCGCCGUUGUCAUUGCCGAAGCCCCUCCAUCCCGCCGCACGUCUACCGGACCUCGAGGUAGUCCCUCGACGGAUGCAGAUGCCAAGUCGGUCGCUGGUGACCGCCGCGGUUCCACCGCUACUGAGGGCGAUCGUCCCAAGCGCACAGUUCGCGCGCCCAAGCCCAAGGACAUUGACUACACAACCAAGCCUUCGCGCAAGAAGCUCAAGCCCGAGCUUCAGUUCGCCAUGGAGGUCCUUGGCGAGGUCAUGCACCCCAAAUAUGAGCAGCUCAACAUGUGGUUUCUUGAGGCUGUGGAUGCGGAGGGUUUGAACAUUCCCGAUUAUUACUCCAUUAUCAAGAAACCCAUGGACUUGGGCAAAGUCUCGGCCAUGCUUUCUGCAGGUGAAUUCUCUAACCUCAAAGAGUUUGACAAGCACGUACGACUCGUGUUCGAGAACUGCUACAGCUUCAACGGUCCUCCUAGCCAGGGUAACCCUGUCUCCCAGAGGGCCGCCGAGCUGGAAGGCAUCUACACAUCUCAACUAAAGAACAAGGAUGCUUGGCUGGCCAAGUUUGCCAAGGCAAACGCACCUACGUCAGCCGAUGUUAGUGAUGAGGAAGACGAAGACGAAGACGCUGACGACGGUCCCUCUACUGAGGAUAACGCCAAGGAGAUUCAGGAACUUCAAGCCAAACUCGACGAGGAAACCAAGAAACUGCAUGCAAUGUUCGUACCCGGUUCUAAUCAGUCCCUGAUUGACAUCCAAAAGGGCAUUGUCGACAUGGUGCAGCAGGCUCUCAUCAAGGCCAUUGCUAGCGCCGGUGAAGUCCAGCCCAAGAAUGAAAAGGGCGCUAAAAAGGCGAGGGGGCCAAAGGGAAAGGCUGCUGCUGGACGAAAAUCGACGGGUGGCACCCAAGGCAAGAAAGCCGGCGGCGGUAAGAAGGGCGCUGCCAAGAAGAGCUUGACCGCUGCCGAUAAGGACCAUAUUGCCAACGCUAUCAACGACCUGGAAGGUGGCCACCUUGACCGUGCGAUAGAUAUCAUCAAGAGAGACACCGGACAGAACGAAAAUACCGAUGGCGAACUUGAGUUAGAUAUUGACCAGCUCAGCAAUGAAGCUUUGCUAAAGCUUUGGGAGCUCUGUAAAAAGGUUCUGCCGGGCUUUGCCAAGGACACUGCUGCCCCCGCACCCGCACCCGAGCCCAGCCGCGCUCCCAAGUCCAAGACAACUGCCGGCAAGCCCAAGAAGAAUAAGCCGAUGAGCGCGCAAGAGCAAGAGGCCAGGAUUGCACAGCUCACUGCUCUUAGGCAGAUGUACAAGGAGGGUCCUGAGGGGUCCGAUCCUGCCGCUUCAGGCAUAUCUGGCUUGGCGCAGUCGCCGCCUGUUGCAGACUCCAGCGACGACUCGGACUCGGAAGAGGAAUGA